UGACAGGAGGCUGUCCUUGGCUGGUCGAGCUAACCAGAGCAAGCUAAACAACGAAAACAAAUCCUCAGCAUAAACAAACUCUCUCCAUGCAUGUGAAGUUGUCGCUGGGUUGUUGCAGGUCCUGUGUUUGUGUGCCCCCCCCCCCCCCCCCCCCAGGUCAGAACUGAGGGUUGGGGUCAGGUCUUGGACUAAUGUCAUUCAGUCCUGGUGAGGAGGGGGGUCUGUCUCAGGCUGCCCCAAACGUCAACAGCCAAGACCUGUUUGACAAACCCGCUCAGACAGCAGCUACAGGGAGCACAUCUGAAGAUCAGGUGUCUCCUUUGGUGGAUGAGGCCUCUCCUUCCUCCACAUCCUCCUUUGAGAUGCUCGACAUGGAGUCGGCCCCAGCUCCUUACCGAGAAGUGCAGCCUCACUGGUUCUUCUGUCGACGAGCAAGUGACAACACCACCUGGCUUCCUUUCAGCAGAGAAGACUCUGACAAGCUAGAGAGGGCCUGUAACACUGGAGACGAGCAGGAGGAGGUGGUGGUAGCCGUGGAUGGUGAGCGGUAUGAUGUACACGUCAAGGAGAGGAAGCGCUACGCUGUGUACUGGGAGCAAGCUCCCACUGAAGUCCGCCGCUGUACCUGGUUCUACAAAGGCGAUAAAGACACCAGGUUCAUGCCUUACUCUGAGGACUUCAGCAAAAGUCUGGAGGAGGCUUACAUGAUAGCAGUGACCUUGGAUGAAUGGAAGAGGAAAUUGGAGUUCCCCACUGGAGAGACUGUUAUCUUGCACAAUCCCAAACUGAUAAUGCAUUAUCAGCCAAUAGGACUGCAGGAUGAGUGGGUUUCCUCCCCUUCGGAGCAGACCCGCCCUCGAACAGUCAAGAGGGGAGUAGACAACAUCUCUGUAGAAAUACCAGAUGGUGAACCAGAAAAGGUGGAUCACCUUGUCUUUAUGGUACAUGGCAUCGGUCCUGCAUGUGAUUUGCGCUUCAGAUCCAUCAUACAGUGUGUAAAUGACUUCAGGAGUGCUUCCCUGUCCCUCCUGGCCUCUCAUUAUAAGCGAGCUCAGCAGGACGGCCAGGUGGGCAGAGUUGAGUUCCUCCCAGUUAACUGGCACAGUGCUCUACACGGGGAUGCCACCGGUGUGGAUGAGGACAUCCAGAAGAUCACUCUUCCCAGCAUCAGCAGGCUGAGACAUUUCACCAAUGACACUCUGCUGGACCUGUUUUUCUAUAACAGCCCCACCUACUGCCAGACCAUAGUGGACACAGUGGCCUCAGAGAUCAACAGUUUGCACGCCCUCUUUAAACAGAGACACCCAGAAUUCAGCGGGGCAGUCUCAGUAGUGGGCCACAGCCUGGGUUCUCUGAUCCUGUUUGACCUGCUAACCAAUCAGAGGACUGGAUCAGAAGCCAGAGAGGGGGUACCCUCUGGUGAGCCGUGUCACCUGAACUGUGACACACUGGAAGAGACUCUGACCAGACUGGGCCUACAACAAUACCUGGAUACACUGAAGGCAGAAAACCUCGACCUGGAAUCACUGGCUCUUUGCCAUGACAGCGAUCUCAAAGCUUUAGGAAUUCCUCUUGGACCUCGGAAGAAGAUCCUGAACUAUGUCAAGAGGAAAUGGAUUCCAGAGGAUUGUAAGACAGGAACGGUGUGUCCGGCACCAGGGCUGCAAGUUCCACCUCAAGUGACCAGUGAUCACAGUGGUACGGGAUCUACACAACAGCAGUUCCAAUUCCAUAGGGCGCAGUCUGUCACCAGUGCUGUGGACUAUGAAUACUUCGACGUGGGCAUCGGACAGGUAUCCAUUGAUUACCCGCAGCUGGCAUUCCACCCUCAGACGUUCUUUGCAUUCGGCUCUCCCAUCGGAAUGUUCCUGACCGUUCGUGGGCUCAAACGCAUCGAUCCAAACUACACAUUCCCAACCUGCAAGAGCUUUUACAACAUCUACCACCCAUAUGACCCUGUGGCCUAUCGGAUAGAGCCCAUGAUUAUUUCAGAGGUGGAUCUGGAGCCCAUGCUAAUACCUCACCAUAAAGGCCGCAAGAGGAUGCACCUGGAACUGAAGGACAGCUUGACCCGUAUGAGCAUGGAUUUGAAGAACAAUGUACUGGGAUCAUUACGGACGGCGUGGCAGUCUUUUGCCAGACUACCUGUUGCUGCACUGCCUCCAGUGGAGGAAGGAGAAACCGCAAUAGAGAGAAAUCUUCAAGAGACAGAGGCCGCAGGAGUGAGUGAGGAGACAGAGCCCUCAGUGUCAGCAGAGCAGGGAGAGCAGCCAGAGAUAAAAGUGGGGAUGUUGAAUGGAGGACGAAGGAUUGACUACGUACUUCAGGAAAAACCCAUUGAGAGCUUUAAUGAAUACCUGUUUGCCAUCCAGUCUCAUCUGUGUUACUGGGAAUCUGAAGAUACAGCUCUCCUGCUGUUGAAAGAGAUCUAUGACAAGCUGGGUGUGACCUUUGAACAGCCACAACAGUAAUAAAAGUUUUAUGAAUGUAAAAUUGCUAACAUGACAGUAACCUUAAAGUGAGAAAAUGAAGGACAACUGAGUGAGCCAGAGGCUCCGCAAUCCUCCUCCAGAAUGCCUUACUGUAUGGGUGUUACCUGACUACCCCGCCCUCUUGUCCUCCAAUGGUGAAGACUAUAUGGCUGCAGUCAGGUGAUCUUGUUUCAGAUAUAUGUCAGUUAACCUUCAUUUGAGGUAGUGGUGGCUUCUUGGUGUUGCUUAAACUCCCACUGCAGGACAGGACAGUCCUACAGGACUGGUUUUGGUGUCUGAUAGUCUACCCAAACAGCACAGCGUCAUGCUCCUGGUUGCACAUUUUUUUUUAUUCUAGUCAUUGUUUAUUUUACUUUAUUUUGCACUUUCACUUACCAACAGUUAUUGACAUAUCAUGCAUAAAGCUGUAGCUGAAUAAUGCUGAAAAAAUGGUCAUGAUAACCAGAGGACACACACAAAACACAUCGAGUUGCAUCACAAACUGGAAUUCAUUCUCUGACAUUUCAGUGUAGUUCAAAAAAAUCUAUAUAUUUAAAAAUCACAGAAUAAAAUUAAAGUAGUAAUUAUAAUCUAUACAUUUUGAUAUAUUUCCCAGCCUUAUGUACAGCUUUCAAAACUCAGAAAUGUAGAACCAUAAUUAUAGUUAACUAUAGUUCUUGUUAUGUGUGUUCAGCUGGGCCUUGCUAUCUGACCUAUGAAACGUAACCUCUAUUGACAAAGGAAGCUCUCCAGUAGCAUAUUAUUUAGACCCCCCUUUUAUAAAUAACCAGGUCAGGUGGAUUCAUUUGGUUGACUGUGUUUCUGAUUUAGAAAAAUUAAGGUUGAUAUUUUGUCUGUUACAAGUUUCCAGGCAGCUCCUUUUUCAUUACUCAGAUGAAGUUUUAUGCUGACCAUAAAUGAAAGUGAACUUCACCUUACCUUCCUUACUACAUUUUUACUUAUUUUUGAAAUAUCUAUUUAAGUUUGAUCAUAUCUACACAUGUAUUGGAAAGAAGUAAUCCUGAUGAAGAAUUGUGUCAGAAAUGAAGUACAGCAAUGCAUGAGGUGUGUGUGUCCAUGUGUUUGUGUACAGUAUGUUAUAGCAGUGUACAGAAAGGCCAGUUCCACUUUCUUUCCUCCAGGUCUGUGCCAUUCCUCCUUUAUCCUUUUCUUCCCUCCGCCCUGUUUCAGUGGACUCUUUUAUCUUUAAUUAUAUCUUGCUGUAAGCCCAUAACAGCAGUGUAUUCUGGGAACUGAAUAACAUUUGCAAAUUCUAAGGGCCAAAUCAUACAUGUUUUUCCUCAUCUGUUCCUUUGUAUGAAGGUAUUGUAUAAUCACCAUUUCUGUCUGUAUUGCAUGGACUUUUUCAUGUUAGAACAGAGUUUCUCAACAUUUCCUGGUCCUGACUGAAUUACCAAUAUUUACAUAAUUCUUAUGGAGCAAUAAGUGAGUUGUCACACUGAAAUCAUGUAAAUUUGAUUUAAAGAGCAUGAUAAAAUUGAUAAUGUAGACACUUUGUCGUCCAAGCUAAUCAUAUUUAUUUUAUAUAAAAAUAUAUUUAAAAAUAUAGGUAUAUCAGUGUUAGAAAUCUCUCAGAUCUGAAUCUGCAUUUCAAACAACAUGAGGUCCAGACUGCAAAGUUGAGCAACUCUCUCGUUAGAGUGAUUUAACUUAAAUGACUUAUAAAUGAUAAUCCUAUGUUAAUGCACUGUCAGGGCAGCACAGCCCCCACCACCAAAGCUCUGAAUGAUCUGUUUCCUAGCCCUCCAGGUGGGAAAAUCCGCACAAUUAACGAAUUAACCGAAUGUGGUUGUUAAUUAUUAUUCCUUUAGAAAUGCACUGAACACUAAGUUUCCAUGUUUUAGUGAUUUGAACCACACCACCGUCCCUGUUUUUGGAAAUUUUAGUAACACUAAAAACAGAACUUAAUGUUCCCCGGCUCCUCCUCAUUACCAUAACUACUGUCAAUUUGAUACUUAUAUGUUGAUACGUAU